AGAUUUUCGGCUCCCAAGCCACGUAGUUUUUUGGAUCACUGCAAUUUCCCGCCAUGGCCACGUCUCACGACCUUGAUGUGACCAUUGCACCCAAGAAGAGCCGAGUCUCCGACGAGUGGAAGGAGCUUGAGAAGAAGGAGCCUUUGCUCAAGGAGAAUCCAAGGCGAUGGGUGAUGUUCCCGAUCCAGUUCCCCGCCAUCUGGGAGUUUUACAAGAAGCAUGAGGCCUCUUUCUGGACGGCCGAAGAGAUCGACCUCGCACAGGACAACAAAGAUUGGGAGAAGUUGACAGAGGGUGAGAAGCACUUCGUGAAGCAUGUCUUGGCCUUCUUCGCUGCCUCGGACGGGAUCGUCUUGGAGAACUUGGCUGCGCAGUUCUCCAGCGAGGUGCAGAUCCCCGAAGCGCGGGCCUUUUAUGGCUUCCAAAUCGCGAUGGAGAACAUCCAUUCCGAGACCUAUUCCCUGCUCAUUGAGCAGUACAUCAAAGAUCCUGCUGAAAAGGACACACUUUUUGACGCGAUCCAUACGAUGCCUGCAGUGCGAGACAAAGCCCGCUGGGCGGUGCAAUGGAUGAACCGUGAAGCUAGCUUCGCGGAGCGUCUCGUGGCCUUUGCUGCCGUCGAGGGUAUCCUCUUUAGCGGCUCCUUUUGCGCGCUCUUCUGGCUGAAGAAGCGGGGCUUGAUGCCGGGGCUGACCUUUUCCAACGAGCUCAUCAGCCGUGACGAAGGUCUCCACGCGGACUUCGCCUGCUUGUUGUACAGCAUGCUGCAGAACAAGCUGCCAGAGGACAUUGUGCACGAGAUCAUCAAAGGAGCUGUUGAAGUGGAGAGGGACUUCAUUUGUGGAGCUCUCCCUUGUGACCUGAUUGGUAUGAACAAGGAUCUCAUGACCCAGUAUAUCGAGUUUGUGGCUGACCGGCUGUUGUCAGCCCUUGGACACAGCAAGAUCUUCAACAGCAGCAACCCCUUUGAUUGGAUGGAGAUGAUCUCCCUCCAGGGCAAGACCAACUUCUUCGAGAAGCGUGCCUUCUAAAGCAAAUUCUCUGAGAGGGGACGUGCAAGUUUUGCUCUUGACCAUCAGGUCAGAGGUCAACAGGUCCCCAAACUGCACCAGAUUUCACAGUUAUGUGAAUGCCCUGAAGGAUGUGUUUGGGAGUCAUCCCGAGGUUCUUUUUUUAAAGAUCCUUUUAAGGGAGGUGCUCCACUGAAGUGAACAGUCAUGGAACGAACAUCGUAAGCAUUCAUCCUGACCACUUUUUCAUCAGCCAGCUGCCAUCUUCCAGGGGUCGGUGAGUACCAGAAGGCGGGCGUGAUGGCGGGCUACGGCCAGGGCGAAGCCCUGUCGGAAUUCGCUUUGGACAAAGACUUUUAGGAGUCCAAGAUGCCAACUGGGGCUGCUCGGCCAGGGAGACCAAUCCGACCCAUCCAGCUGGAUUGGCGAUGCUGUGUAGCUGCCAUUUAGAGAGAGAGUUUGCGUCGACGACCCUGUCGUGCAAAGAACCCUUUUAAUCCUUAGAUGUUGCGGCCGUGGAAGAUGGCCAGCAGAGUAGAUUUGCUUCCACAGGGUCCAGCUGUGCGAAGAAAGCCCUUGGGAGUGGAGAAAGGUGCGG